AUGAAUAACUCUGCAAUGAACUUCACCACAUUUGCUGUUUCUACAAACUCCAUAGCUCAAUCCAGUGGGAUAUUGGGCAAUGUAAAAUUCAGUGUACACUGCAUCAAUUUCCUGUUUGGUCUUCCUGCACACUCCUACGUUAUAUGGCUCAUCAUCACAGGAACAGGAAGUGGAGUUGCAUCAGGAUUCUUCAUCCUCAAUCUCUCUGUUUGUGAGAUUGCCAACUGUCUGAACUCCUUGUUCACUGUGCUUGAUAAUAUUUCUCGGUUUUCAAGUGUCACAUUAUUAACAUACUUUUUAGUGGGACUUGCCAUCACUGGUCGUCCUCUGUUUCAGUGUCUGAUGUGUGUUGAGCGUUACCUGGCAGUGGUUCAUCCUGUAACCUUUCUGAAGCUCAGACCUCUCAGAUAUAGAGUGAUCUGCUGCACUGUGGUCUGGUUAUUUAGUUUUUGCUCCUGUUUGUGUUGCAUAUUUACUUUUGUCUUACUUAACUUUUACAUUUAUGCAUGCAUAAACUCAGUUCAGUUUCUUGUCCUCUUCUCCAUCCAGUUGUUUUGUCUUGUGGCUGUUCUCAGAGCUCUGAAGCAGUCAGGACCAGGAGAGAGAGGGAGAGACAGAGAGGAGGAAAAUCCCAUGAAAAGAAAAGCAUUUUAUCUUAUUUUAAUAACUACCAUGAGCACGAUGAUGAUAUAUAUGCCAUUUACUGUUUCAGGAUUCGUUUACAUGCUGACACAACACAAUUUUGAUGAUCCUUUGUCUGUUGGUAUUGUUUGUUUUAUUCUGGGUGGUUUUGUUCAGCCUGUUCUUUAUCUGCACCGGGCUGGGAAACCCUCAUGUCUCUGUUCCCCAUAAAACCUGCAAUUGUCAUAUUUUACUAAAUCAGAUUGCUUGUUAUUUUUCUGUUUGAUAACUUUAAUUUAAUGGGAUGGGAAUAUGCCAGAACAUGUUAGUGUGUUCAUUCAGUGCUCUGUGUAUUUUAAGGGAUCCUUAAUGAAUUACACCUUUCACUUAUUUACAGAUUAAAUUGGAAGUGUUUGAGUACCUUUUGUUUGAACACUAAAAAAUACAGAUAGAUUA